CUGUAUAUAUUUUACAACGAAUUGCUGCAGAGCAGCUUUUCACAGCUAGUACAAAACAAAUUGUGAUGUACGAUGUUGCCUGCUCACUGCAGACUCAUAUAACAAAGCAUUCUCAACUAUUUGGACAGCUGUCUGAAAAAUUUAGAUUUGUUGUUCCUGUGUUUCACAGCUUUGCACAUAUAACACAGUGUCAGAUGACAAAAGGACAGCGCUUUUGCGAGGGCACAGGAUUAAUAGAUGGUGAAGCUAUGGAACGCUUAUGGUCUUUCCUCCGCAGAUUUGCGUGGAGUAAAGAAAUGACUUUGCCCAACAGGCAAGAUCUACUAAGCAGUGCUCUGCUACACUAUGCCAGGAGGAUUUUUGUGUCAUUAGCUGACACACUGUCUGUAAGACUCAAAAAGGCAAGGGACACGCAGGCAAAAGCCAAAGAGAUUAUCCAUGAGGUUGAAAGCAAGUAUAGAGGAACUGCUGCAGAAUGGCUGCACAAGCUGAAGGAUACUAUAUCAACAACCAGUGGUCAUAGAGAAAGCUCUACCUCUGAUUCUCUGCUUGAGAAAGCGAGGAAGCUGUCAGCUGAGCGGCAGCAACUGCUGGGACUAAAGAGACGCUAUGCUGAUGGACAAAAAAUUGCCCAGAAAAUUGCGAAGAAGCUGCGGACAACAAACACUCAGCUGCAGUCUGUCAUUGGGUCUUUAAAAAAUGUAUUUCCAAACAUUUCACCAGCUGAAUUUAGAGACCCAGAGUCAGCUCUGUACACUCAUAUAGCACCAGAACUGAACUCAGAGCAAGUGAGGGCAGCCAAUUGUGCAGCAGACUACGAUCGUGGGAAAGAAGAGGAACAGCGAAUAAUUUAUGACAUUUGCCUUUUACAGCAGUGGCUGCUGGAGCAAAAUGUGUUAUUAUGUCAGCCAUCAGACUUAGUCAGUCGAUAUGAAUGUGCCCUAAACCAUGUUAAGUCUGUAAGUAAACAUAAAGUGGAAUGCCAGCUAAGAGAUCUGCAUGCGAAAUUUAACGAGCAGCCAGGAUUUUCGAAAGUCAGCAUUGACUACUCAGUCUCCAACCGACUGUCAUCUUCAGCCCUCACUUGCCAGCCAGAUUCUGAUGACAACGAGGAAUUAAUAGAUGUGAUUAGGGAAUUUAACUCAGAUAUCGAAUCAGAAUCUGAUGAAGACGAGGAGGAGGAGGAGGAGGAGGAAGAACACUUUUUGCCAUAAGUGUUUGACCUUUUACUUAGUUUACUAAAGUGGACAAUUGAUAUAUUUAUUGAUAGCAUAGAGGUAUUUAAGGGAUGAUACCAUGUUUAUUUUGUUUCAAAGCAUUGCUACAACCAACCUCCAUGAUGUCUUUAUGAAUUCAUUGCUACAUUUUUGAACCAAUAAUGGUGUAAUGUAAUUCUUUUUUUAGCAAUGUACUCUUUUUUUUGUAGCAUACAUACAAGCCACAUUCACACCUUGCAUCCAGUUACUUUAACCCACAGAAGCAAGCCAGUUAAUAUAUUUUAAUUACUUGGCAGUUAGCAUGUCCCCUUUUCAUCUCACCUGUGCUUAAACUUUUUUGCCUGCAUGAUUUGAGCUGUGAUCAUCACUCAUUAUGUUGAUGCUUGUUUUACUGGUAACAUGUGCCUUUCUUUUUUAUGAUGAAUUUACUGAAAUAGUGUUUGGUUCACUUUUUGAAUUUUAAGCUAUUCAGUGAGCCACUCACUGCAGUGAUGACAAGUGAGUGUUUUAACCACCACACUACCGGGUAGUCGAGUGGUCAUCUUAAUAUUGUCUACAUUCUUAUUAUUAAGUGUUCCAAAAGUUCAUUGGCCAGCCUGCUCUACAGAUCUGAAUCCCAUUGAGCAAAUUGAGUAUCUAUUGUUGAAAUGAAUAUUUUCUCCAUUGGAUUUGGUUUUGUUUGGAUAAAUCAGGGUGUUGAAAAUGUAAAUAUUUUUAUUACAUUUGACAGAAAGAUUAAUUGUGUGUAGGUGGCAGGCUUGAAAUAGCCAUAUUAACAGUGGUGAUUCUCCUUUUACCAUGCAUACGACAUGUUGAAAUGUGUUACAACUUAUCAACGAAUUUAGCAGUCAUUUUCAGAGUAUUAUGGCAAAAGUGAGAAUGGCGUUUCAAGCAUUAAUUUUUUUUUUUUUUACAUAAACAAAAUGAAAUUUUACACUCUGUCAAAUUUAUAAAAAUUUAGUAUAUUGAUUGCUUCAGCAGACAAAAGUACCAUAAUGAUUUGUCAUUAUGUAUCUUUCUGCAUCUAAAUUUAGAAACAGUCUUGCUAUAGAAUGAUUUCAAGAUUGGAUAAUUAUGCAUGGUCAAUGCAUAAUUACUUUUCCUUGUCAGCUAGUUUAAAAUGUUAUUUACUGUGUGUAACAUUAAUUAUUUUAUCAUGGGUUUGUUCUCUCCUCAUCAAUCAGAGAAUGGCCCUGAAAUAAAUCGUUCAUACUUUCUUUUCCUCCGAUAUCACGUUUUUGAUUUUUGAAAAUGUGGGUUAUAUCUGCCUAAGCAAAAAUUCUUUUUAAAAUGAUUUGUUUCUAAUAAAUUGGACAAUUAAAUAUUUCAUUCAAUGAAUAA